AAAAAAAAAAAAAAAAAAAAACAAAACAAAACAAAAAACCAAAAUUUUCUUCAUAUUUGCUGUCCUUAUAACUUGUCCCUUUUCAGUUAUGACUUAAUUGUUUUAGUGAUUGUUUAGCAUGGCUAUACUGGAUUUCUGGCUACUGAAAAUUUUGCACAAACUAUUCCUUUUAUGUGUUUCUGAAACCUGGAUUUAGUUUUUGUAUAUUUGAGUAUGUUGAGUUUUCCACAGUGGCUAUUUAAUUUCUUUACAAAUUCAGAACAACAUAAUAAUUUCUUUCGAAAUUUAGCAAAAGAAUAAGUCUAGUGUAAUGAUAGCAAAUUUUAGAAUGGAAGAGCAUUUAAUGCUGCAUGUAACACCUGGCAAAAAAUUGUUCAAGUUUAGGUACAUGAACAUGACUUGGUGCUUGUUGAGCUUUGAGCCUGAGGUGUGCCUUAAAACAACCAUGUGGCUUGUCAUGCUUUUUCAUACGUCUAUAGGUCUGCCUUUUUACUAGGGAAAAAGAAAAAAAAAAUAGAGACAGGAAAAUAAAGGAAAAAACUAGAGACAGGGAUACAAGUAUAUAAAUUAUGUUCAGUAAUUUUCUUUGUAUGUAUGAGCAUGUGGGUUGCCUUUUACCUAUCCUUCCUGUUUUUUUCCGACUAGAAUCACUUGCCAAUGGAUCUCUCGUAUUUGAUUUUUCUCUCUUUUAAUAAUCUCCUGUUUAAAAGUCCCUCAUUCUCUCACAAGUUUACUUGGUCCCCAUCGAAUUCUCUACUGUCCAUAGUGAUCUCUCUUCCCACAUAUUGCAACAGUAAGAGAAGAAAUAUUGGGUUUUAGAAAGAUUGAGAAGUGUUUCAUCCUUGAAAUUCUGGAUUCCAUACGGCCGCAAAUAAUGCUUUACCUGAGGUCUGGUUGAAUUACCUUCAGAAAAUUUUUAAUUUAACAUGAAGCUUUUUUCCAAGUGCUACUGUCUCACACGUUUCUGAACUUUUCUUUUUCCUGCAGUCUAGUUGAAUUACUUUCAGAAACUUUAUAAUUAACUUGAAGCAUUUUUUUGUGAGUGCUACAGUCCUACAUAUUUCCCAACUUCUCUUUCUCCUUAUGCAAGGGCAGUAAUGAUUGAAUUCAGGUCUUGAUCCACUUCUGCAUCUCUGUUUCACUAUUUACUUUUCCGUUCUGCAUCUUCACCAUCAAUCUGAAACCAUAAGUUUCGUGGUUAACAUUUAACUGAAGAAGUGCGACUAUAAUCUUAGUGAAGUCAACAAUACAACACCAGUCCCUUGAUUAUGCAUACUAUAGCUUCCGGUUGAUAAUUUUAAAACCAUAACAUGUAUCUCUGCAGAAUCAUCAGGCAUAGCUUCUAAUAUAACUGAACUGGCAUUGAGAUGGGGAAAUAUCUGAUGUCCUCGAAUUCAUCUUUGUAAUUCUUAGAAAUUGAAAAAAUUAGUUUUGGUCUAUGAAAAGCUAACAACAAGAACAAUUAAGCCUUAAUCACAAACUAAUCGGGAUUGACUAUAUGAAUCCUUGUCAUUGUACGAAAUGCUAAAUUUGUCAAAUUUAUAAAACUUAACUUUCAACAUUGAAAAAAGAGGACCAAUUAUAUACUCCCAGUCUUCUUUUUCUUUUUCUUUUUUUUUUUUUAAAUUGCCCUUUUAUUUUUCUUUCUGUUACCGUGUGACAGUCGAGGGCUGCCUUCACUUCCAGGCAUUACAUUUUUAAAUUUAUCUUUUUAGAAAAAUUUGUUUUGUUUCAGUUAUCUGUAAUCUCACUUUAUCUGGUAACUUCAACUUUUAGCUCCUUGAUGUUUACUUUUCUUCAACUUUUUAUUAGUUAUGCAAGUGGAAUGUCUAAAUCUUGUCAUGCUUCUCACACUGCUCUUGUAAUGCUCUCUGUUAAGAUUAUAUGGGGAAAAAGAGUAAAUAGUUAAGUAUUUAAGGACACUGUGUACAAUCUUAUACAGAGAAAAUAAGUCGUCAGAAGUCUAACUGGAGUGCACUGCACUGCCAAAGUUAGUCAAAGGUAGUAAAUAAUCCUUCACCUUGGGAAAAGCUUCGGAUCUUUUUUGGUUCUGAUUUUCAUUGCCUUCUUCAUAUGGUCUCUUUUUGAUUUUCUAAAGCUUGUGAUGAUAAAAUUUCAUAGUAUUCGGUGCCAAAAUGCUUUGGGUGUGGUAAGAUGUUUGGAAAUCUUUAUUGUUUUUAACGGCCUUUUUCAUGGUAAUUGGGUAAGUUUGCCCCCUGUCACUGUUGUGUUAACCACUUAUUCUGUCAAUUAGGGAAGUUUACUGUAAAAAAUGGGUGUCCAUAAAAACUAGAGAGAGAGGGGUUCUAAUAAGGCCAAUAUUUGUCUGCUAUAGGAAAAAGGAAAAAUAAGGCUAACCUUCAUGGAAAAAAAUAUAUACCUUGAAUGAAAGGGAAUAUUUAGUGUGGACUAUCCCAAGUCGCUUUCACUGGGGAGAAUAUUUUGAUGAAGAAUUAAUGGUUAUCAUUUUUUCUCUAGGAUGAUGCCAAUGAAAGAAGUUCACUGAAAUUGAACAACUGUAGAAUAGAAUGAGGCCCUUACCCACUAUUCUAUGCUUAGAAAAAACCUGUCAGUCGAGUUUACUCAGCUUUCGUGGCAUAGCUACAACACUAUACAAGAAAUAAGUCUUUAUUUCAAGGCUUGGACUACUCUUCUUGCUUAUUAGUUGAAGAGCCCUCUGAUACUUCCUCUUCAAUGGACGUUGGUAAUUUGCCAAAUUUAGUCACUAACACUACUUCAGAAAAUGCUUAUGCACAAGAAAGUUGCCUGGAAGAUGAUGGCAUAGAAUUUGAAAGCUUGCAUGUGUUAAGUAUAGCAAGUGAUUAUCAAUCCACAGAUCUCUCUUUGCUUUUGCCUUGUGAUGGUAUGCAAGUUGAUAACCAGUUAAGCAUACUUCAUCUGCUCAAGGCUUAUGGAGAGGCACUGGAGAUGGAAAUUACAGAGUUAGCAGAUGCGAUUACGAUGCGAUUGAAGGAGAAGAGUUGUCCGACUGGUUCAAUCUGGCAACGUCUGUCUUAUUAUUUUAUUCAAGCAUUGGACGAGCAAGUGAAGAGCCCCUUGAGAGAAGAAGCAGGUAUGAAUUAUGAAAUUGCCUUUAAUGUCUUUUAUCAGAUAUUUCCUUAUGGAAGAUUUGCUCACUUCACAGCUAAUUCUGUGAUAUUAGAGGCUAUUCCUAAGAAUGCUGAGAUAGUGCAUAUAGUUGAUUUUGAAAUUGGCAAUGGCAUUCAAUGGCCUCCAGUAAUUGAGGCACUUGCAAUGCAAGAUGCAAAAUUUUUGAGAUUGACUUCAAUAAAAUGGGAAGAGGAAGGUAAUUAUGAAUAUACAAAAUUGUUACUAUAUGAACAUGGAAGAAAUUUUGGUCUGAGAUUGAAGGUGGAAGAGAUGGAUUUGGAAUCUUUUGCUAGUGAAAUGAAGGAAACAAAGGAAAGUGGAGAAGGAACUGAAUUUUUAGCAUUCAAUUGCAUGGUGGGUCUACCUCACAUGGACAAAAGGAUAAGUGUCAAGAGUGUUAUAAAGUUUCUGAAGGUGGCUAAGGAUGCAAUCAACCUUAAUUGUAAUAAUGGUGGAGGUAUUAUAACUUUUGGGGAUGGAAUUGGUUGGGGAAAGGGAAUUAGAGGCUGGAAUAGAAAUGGGUAUAUAUCUAUUUUUGAAGGGCAAUUGGCUCAGUUCAAAAUAUUGUUACAAUCAAUCGAAACCCAUUUCCCUCAUCACCUUAAAGAAGCAAGAAUAGCAAUUGAAUGUUUGUUUUUGGUGCCUUAUAUUUCUUCACUUAUUGACAUACAAAUGUGGAAGCAUAUUUCUAGAGAAAUUAGGACACUUUCAGAGCUAGGAUUGGAGCCAUGGAGAAUGAGAAUAGAGAAUCUUAUGGAGGCCAAAGAAUUGGUGAGAGAAGAAGAGAGCUUUUAUUGGGUCAGUUUUGAAGGAGUGAAGCAUAAUCAAAUGGUCUUGGGCUACAUGGAAACUCCAGUAACGAAGGUUUCUAGUUGGAGAUAAUUACAGUUGAAUUUGCAGAAAAAGAAAAAAAAAAUCUUAUAAUAUACUGUAGUUUUGUAUUCUUGUGAUUUUUCAUUGCAAAGAAAAAGUAUUAUCAAUAGAGACAACAACUGUAAGCUAAAACAGAUUAAAGCCAAAGCAUUGUUGAUGAUUUAUUACUUAGCUACAUGUCAAUGUACUAGAGGAUAAUUUACUUAGGAUUUUGGGUUGCUACAAUGAAUUAUUGCCUUAUUGGCAUUUUGUGAUU